ACAACAACUGGCGUUCUUGCCGACGUCUGCCACCUAGUCAUACCUCUCUACAUCUAACAACCUGGAUGCUUUGUACUCGUGUCACGUUGUGAUAGAGGUUUGUCUCUCUUCUGCACUCCUGAGCGAGCUGGUCUGCAUCUGUGUUCGGAGUACUGACGAUGCUCAUCUAGUCACCGCCGUUGCGGAGGUGAAACGCCUCGCAUCAACUCCGGACGCCUUUGCUUCCACCGAUACCUCCAACUCGACGAGUCGCUUGCUCGCUUAAUCGCCCUCUCUUCCUCUCUGGCACUCUGUGCUACAGUCUGAACCAUGGCCUCCGCAUCUUCCAACGUCGUCGGAGUACACUACCGCGUGGGCAAGAAAAUAGGGGAAGGAUCAUUCGGCGUUAUCUUCGAGGGCACCAAUCUGCUCAACAAUCAACAAGUCGCUAUCAAAUUUGAACCGAGGAAGAGCGAUGCUCCACAACUUCGGGACGAAUACCGGACAUACAAGAUCUUGGUCGGGUGCCCUGGAAUACCCAAUGUGUACUAUUUUGGACAAGAAGGCCUGCACAACAUUCUGGUGAUAGAUCUUCUGGGCCCAAGCUUGGAGGAUCUUUUCGAUCAUUGCAACAGGCGUUUUUCCAUCAAAACAGUGGUCAUGGUUGCAAAACAAAUGCUGUCCAGGGUGCAAACAAUACACGAGAAGAAUUUGAUCUACCGUGAUAUCAAACCCGACAAUUUCCUCAUCGGCAGACCCGGUACCAAAGCUGCGAAUGUCAUUCACGUGGUAGAUUUUGGCAUGGCCAAACAAUACCGAGACCCCAAAACGAAGCAACACAUUCCUUAUCGCGAACGAAAAUCCCUGUCUGGUACAGCACGUUAUAUGAGUAUCAAUACGCACUUGGGACGAGAACAGUCAAGACGCGACGAUCUGGAGGCUCUCGGACAUGUUUUCAUGUACUUUUUGAGAGGCGGACUGCCAUGGCAAGGUCUGAAGGCCGCAACAAACAAACAGAAAUACGAGAAGAUUGGCGAGAAGAAACAGACCACAGCAAUCAAAGAUCUGUGCGAAGGCUUCCCUGAGGAGUUUAACAAAUAUUUGAGCUACGUCCGAAACCUUGGAUUCGAAGACACUCCGGACUAUGACUUCUUGCGAGAUUUGUUCACUCAAGCGCUCAAGAACACGGGAGAGGUGGAAGACGGCGAAUAUGAUUGGAUGAAGUUGAAUGGCGGUCGUGGCUGGGAAGCCAUGAAGCAACACCCAUCCGCGGCCCACCUGCACAAUGUCAAUCCUCCGGCGGACGCAUCAGCCCGCGCCCUACAUGGCGCAUCCGCCAUGCGUCAAGACGGAGUACAGCGGCCAUCGCGUGACCGAGGACCACUUUCGGCGGACCGUUUAAACGCAGCGCAGCCCCCGCCCCCAGGGUCGCCAGCGAAACCAGGAGUGGCAGCCUUGGGGAAGAGCGCUCGAGAUCGCACAAGCGGCGCCGCCGGGGGCAACCUGCCGAAGAGGAGCAGUGGUCUGGCCGGUCAACUUGACAUGACGCCUCCAGCAAGCACACAGGCUCAAUAUCAAAGCAGCAAUGCCAAUUUGGUGGGUCAACAAACCAGGACAAGUCCAGCAGCCGGAGCUUUGCAGAACAACCAGGGCCGUCCUCAGCAACAGGAACAACACCAAAGCUUCUUCCAAAAGAUGAUGAAGGUACUCUGUUGUGGUACGUAUAUCUCGAAGAUCCCGCAGGGUGAACGUCGCUGACCUUGACUUUGCAGGUUGAUCGUUCUCCAGCUGUCUCGAUAUUGUUUGAUUAUACAAUUUUCUACUCAGGUCGUGGAGCUUGAAAUGUGAAUAUGGACGGUUUGUCAACUGGUCGGUCGCCCGAACCUGCACCAACAGCGGCGAGGCAAUAGCCACCGCUCGCAUACAAUUAUUCUUCACUAUUCGAUGUCGUCUCCCCAGGUCUUCAAUUGGCGCGUUACAAACUCAAUUGCACAAUUCAAAACAAACGCGAAGCCACGGGAAGUCGAUCAUCCUUUGACGAGUCACGAUCGCUUUUAGUCGACGAAGCCUACAGGUGUGGUG